GUCACUCCCGCGCGCCGUGCGGACGGAGGCGGCGCGGGGCCCCGCUCGGGGCGGUGAUGGCGUGGCCCGGGCCCGGCCGGCUGGGGCUGGCGCUGGGGCUGGGGCUGGCGCUGGGUGCCGGCCUGGGCCUGCUCUGGGCGCUGCGGCGGCGCGGCGGGCGGCCCUGGCGGCGGGGCAGCGGCCGGGAGGCGGAGGCCGCGGGGCGCCGGAGCCGGGUGGUGCCCGGAGUGCCGGUCCCUGUAGAGGCGGGAGAUGGUGCUAUGCGCACGCCUCUCCUGACGCAGGACGAGCAGGUGGAUGUGCUGGAGCGCCUUGACUUCGUCUUGAGAAACAUUUCAGAGCUAAGAAAGGAAGUGGAGGAGCUGCGAAACAGCCUGCAGCAUUUGGCUGCAGAAAUCGUUGGCGAAGUCAGGUCGCAUCUGGAAGAAACCCAGAAAGUAACUCGCCGGAGGCGGUUCCCGUUUCCUAGAGAAAGAAGCGAUUCCACGGGCUCCAGUUCAAUUUAUUUCACAGCCAGCUCAGGAGCAGCCAAUACAGACGACGGAGAAAGUGAAGGAGGGUACACUACAGCCAACGCUGAGUCUGAUUACGACCGGGAGUCUGAGAGAGAGAGCGAAGAAGGGGAAGAUGAAGUGAGCUGUGAAACAGUGCGAACUGCGCGACGGGAUUCCCUGGAUCUCGUCAACGAGGAUGAAACGCAUUUAAUCUUAGAUUCCUCGCUGGAGGAAGGACUGGGUCAGCUACUGCAGCAGGCUGACCGCUUGCAUAACGGAGAUGAGCAGGAGAAGAGAGAGGGAUUCCAGCUGCUGCUGAAUAAUAAACUGGCGUAUGCGGACCAGAAAGACUUUCUUUGGCGCCUGGCCCGAGCACAUAGCGAUAUGUGCGAAACCACAGAAGACAUAGAUGAGAAGAGAUCGUACGCAUCCGAUGGGAAAGAAGAGCUAGAAAUUGCCUUACGGAAAUGGGAUCAAAGUGCUGAGUGCCAUCAAUGGUAUGCUAUUCUUUGUGGGCAGUUAUCGGAACAUGAGAGUAUUCAGAAGCGUAUUCAAACUGGCUAUGUUUUUAAGGAACACAUCGAUAAAGCGAUUGAACUGAAACCAGAGGAUCCAAAGUCUUACUAUCUUUUGGGCAGGUGGUGUUACCAGGUUUCCCACCUGGGAUGGCUUGAAAAAAAGACUGCUUCUGCUUUGUUUGAAGCCCCUCCUACAGCCACCGUGCAGGACGCACUGCAAAACUUCUUACGGGUUGAGGAACUGAGCCCAGGAUUUUCCAAAGCAGGAAGAAUAUACAUUGCCAAGUGUUACAGGGACCUGGGGAACAACUCUGCGGCUGACCUCUGGAUGAAUCUCGCUUCGGAGCUGCCAGUUAAUACAAAAGAGGAUGCAGAAAGCGAGAGAGAACUUGAAGAGAUGCGGUCGGUCUGGCAAGAAUAAAUAUGUAAAGGCUCAGUCCACUUGAUACUGCACAGACAGUGGAAUUCCAGUUCAAGGGGUUUCAUGAUCCUGACAACUUCAAUUGCACUUCGUGGAUAAGCCACAAGAGUUUACAGGAAAAAACACGCCGCAGUCUCAUCAGCACAUCCAGGAAAGAUCUUGUUGGGGUUUAAAUGGAUAAAAUUUUGUAUCAUCUUCCUUCUUACAGCACUGCAUAUGUUUGAUUUUUAAAUUCCUAAAAAAUGUUAAAUUCCUAAAAACAGAUGUGGGUGGGUGAUAGGUAGAAUUUGUGAUAUAAAAAUAUUUGUGAUUUUAUAUAUAUCAUAGAUAUAUGUGAGAGAGAUACUUUGUGAUAUAGAUACAUGAGUAUAUACGUAUUUAUAGAUACGCACGUAUAUUUUAUAUCACAAACUCCCCAGCUGACAACCUGAACUCCAGGCCUGCCUGCUGGGGAGCUCUCUCAGCUCAUUCCUGAGGAAGUCGUCAGCCAACGUUUUCUUCCGAUUCAGUGUUUUCUCUUUCCUCACUAAGACGUAGUCGUUGAGUCAGUUGCGGUAACUGACAGCAUGCCUUUCACGGACGUUCAGGUGAGACAGAACGUCGAGCUCAGUGUCAGAGAGCCGCCGAUUGUCACCAGUGUGACGCACUGGAGGCAGCGGGACGUUCUCACUGCCUCGGCCUGCUGAUUCAACGGGCACUGACGCUGACGUAAAAAAAAAAAAAAAACAACACCCCAAAACCCGACCGCAGUGACUUAGAAAGAGCGAGUUGUUGGCCCUUUCUUCCUUGCUGUGAAAGCACUGGGGGUGGUGUCCGAAACACACUCUUGUUGGUCCUCCCCGGCUGUGCCUAAGCUACCUUACUGGUUUUCUGCUGGGGGAAACCAGCGCCGCUCCUCGUAGUGCGUCGUUGCCCGGGGCCCAACGAGGUUGCCUUCACAGCACACGCUUUGUUUUUAAGAGUGGCGUUGCUUUCGUCGGAGGAGUGAGCGAUAAGUUUUUAACUUUAGGACUUCCUCCCGGUGACGUUACCCCCUUCGCUCACAGUGAAAACUACUUGUGUCCCUCCAAACUACGCUGCUGGGGCUUAGCUGUAAUGACUUAGUUUGAAAAGUCGUUAUUUAUCAACGCAAGACUGGUCACGGGAACGGGAUAUUCUGGGGCAAAGCUGGCGCUUCCCUGCAGCGUUCUUCUCGACUCGUUGGGCGACACCGCGAUGGUGGAGCUGCCGACUGACGUUUGCUCUGGCAGCUUCUGGGUACCAGGCAGGAGAGGUAAACCGCUGCACGCUGCCGCAAAAACUGCGUUCAAAAAUUCCCCGAAUAUUUAGCAAGGCUUUCCUGAUACCCCUUCAAGUUUCAGCUGGCAGCUAACUGGAUGCUUUUUUUUUUUAAUAUUUUGUUACGUCUUGCCAUGUUGUAUAGUGUUUGUGAAGUGUAGAGUAAAAAAAGCGCAAGAGUGAGAAACUUCUUAAUCACCUUUUUUAGUCCCUUGCGCACGUACGUUGAGCUGAUGGGGCUUUUUACAUUGUGAAAACAACACUGGAGGGGAAAUGUGUAGCGAACUCGACCUUAAAACUUUCCUAUUUUAUAGAUUGGGCGCUUUUUAGCUUUUUUGUUUGCUUGUCCAAAUUAAACUCUGAAAUUUUGAUGCUGAACUCCUCCCGUGAGAUCCAGGCAAGUGUGCAAUUAGCUUCAUUUGCUCGAAACGACAACAGUUGACGCUGCUAAAUGGAGAACUGAGUCCUGGCAGGCUCCAGCCGAUCCCGUCGUUCGUGGGAGCUCCCCAUGCCACGAGCGGGCACUUGAUCUGUAACCGCGGGACCUUGCUUUACGUUUAACGUGUGCUCUGCCUUGGGCUCUUCGCUGGAAUGACGAAGCCGCCUUUUUUCCUUUGUGUGAGUCUGUCUGGUUUUGAAUAUUCCCAGUGGAGGGCCAGUUUUAUUUUUUCUUCUAAACAUCCAAUCUUUAAAUAUUUGCACAAGUCUUUCAGCUAUUUUCUUUCGGAUUGCUUAAGCCAGGCUGGGAAAUCCACAACAGUGAUAUCCAAAAGAUGAUGAUCAGCAACUUGAUUCUUUCAGGGAAGAUUUGCAGGGGUUUUUUUCCUGCAGAAAAAUGAUAAUAGCUCUCCAACCAGCCGUGUAGUUAGCCGCACUUGCAUUGCCUUUCCCUGCCAGCAAGUCCCGGAGUGAUAUUAAUCAGCGAUGGUUGCUGUUCUGUGUGUUGUUUAAACAUCGCUAAACUAAAUGGUGUCAGCGUAUGGAAUGGGAAGAGUGCGAAAAGGAAAUAUUUACGCUACCAAGAGCCCACAGCUUUGCUUACUUGCAAACUCCCUCAAGCCUUCACCUGUUGUUUGGGGUGUCAAAGCGUGAACUGUGUAGAGGAGACUUUAGGGUUUGGGGUUUCUGGAGGUAAUUGUCACUCUGUGGUUCCACAGAUCAAAAUUCUCCUUUAAGUUUUUUAAUUUUUUUUUUUUUGGGGGGGGGGGGUGUCUCCAGCCAACCAGGGCUUGUAGGCUCGAGGGGAGAAAUGCCGGCUUGCAAGAGCACGGCUUUGGGUUGCGGGCUGAGCAGCGUGGUGGGGAACUGGCACCCAAGAUCUUGGUUUUCUGACCGAUAGAACCCGAAGUCAUUUUCUUUGGGGGGGGAGCAGGCGUUUGGCGCAGUCGUGCGGGGUGCUGGGCUGUGCCCAGAACCUCUGCUGUCUUUGGGUGAAAAACCUGCUUCCCUGGAGGAAGAGGUGGCAGUUAAAUGGUGGUAAUUCUUCCCACUUGGUGUUCACUCUCCGAUGAUUUCACACGGGCGCAGCCUUUCAACUCUAUUAUUCUGUUUCAGACCUUCGGUGAACGCUUUAAGCUCUCCCUGCGUUUGCCUGCUUCGCUUUUGUGCUGGUUUGUUGGGUUUUUUAAACAGACUUCAGUUUUGGCUUGAGAGAGCGGGGUCUGGCGCUUCGCUCCCGUGUAUCCUUUGUGUGUGUGGUCUGGCCCUUUCCGGGGGAUCCGGAGCGGAGAGGUCUGUUGUUCUGGUUUUGAUACAGGAAAGAUUUCCUGCGGAGGCACAGCUCCUGCCUGGAGAGCUGGGUGGAGGCUCCUGUCUAGCGCGUCGGUUUUCCUCGUCUGCUGUAUCUGCUGGAACCUAAUUAACGCGUCUCUUCAGACGACGAUGAAAGGCGAUGCCAGAACUCACAAACCCUUUCAAGUGCAGAUAAAAGCCGUAUUUUGCCGUUUUCAGUCUGAUCUCCAGCGAGUUAUGACAUAAUGAUCAAAAGAACUUUUUUCGCUUUGGUUUUCCCUUUUCCUGGCUUCUUGUGAAUGAGAAGAAUGUGACUAAUUAAUGUAAUGUAACUAAUGGCGUAGCUUGCAGGUCGAUGUGGAGAUAAGGCACGGCUGUGUAGCUAAAGCACUUCCCAGCGAGCCGUGCUUGGGAUUGAUGUAUUUUUUUAGCAAUAAAACGUGCAGCCUCCUGUUAGGCUCCGGCUGUGCCGCACGCAGGGAAGGGGAAGCCGUUCCUCCUCUUCGCCAGGCGAGAUGCACUUCAGUAGCUUUUGGACGACACGGAGAUUGAGACCAAUUUUUAAACUUUGCACAUAUUUCGUGUACUGAUCCCAGCGUACAAUGUGAAUUUCUCAGCUGCCUGCACUGUAUGCGUUCCAGGGCCACAAGAAAUUAAUUUCCCUGGUACAGUUUUGGUAGAGAGACUGUCCUGUUCCCAUCCAGAUGGGUUCUUCUGGACUUAGCCCAGGGUGAGAGAGAAUCAUUCCCUGGAGCUACUCUUGUCUUAACUUUAAAACGUACCUACCUGUGGUUAAAUUAUGAUGCUAAAGAACAACUGAAGCUAUUUAACUAACUUCUCCUCGCUGCACUGUUCUGCUUGAAAUAAAGUACUUUUAUUUAUAGGGAGAAGGGGAUCCUGCUUAAGUUACCUGUGUUGCUCUCUUGCUUUUUAUGCCAAUAGAUGUAUAGGUGAAGAAACCCGACAGCCAGUUCGAGAUCAUCUACCUGACGUCGUUGUACCUGCACGCAGGGCGGCCGUGCCAAAGGCAAUAGGAAAUCGCGGGAGAGGAAGGGACAAGCUCACUGUUUCCAUAGUGCUGUUUGUAUACGUCGUAACGUGGGUUACACCCGUAGCGGGUUUUGUAUGGCGAUACAACUACUGCUGAUGUUUUUAAAAUGCACCAAAGUACCACAGCCACGCUCGGUGGCAGACGCUGUACUCCAAGUGAAGUUGUUUUUAAAUAAAGGCGGAUAAUGAGUUGGGA